AUGAAGGAAACCAGAGGAGAAAAGAGAAAGAAAGACAAGUCUGAUAGAGCAACGGUGGACAAGGUUCUUGACAAGAAAACGUUGAGGGUACUGGAGAAGCUGGAGGCUAGAGGAAAGCUAAAGGGCCUUGAAGGGAGUCUUUGCACUGGAAAAGAAUCGAAUGUCUAUCUUGCUGAAGCAAGUACGGCGCUAUGCAGCAAGUUUAUCAAAAGCAGAUACAGCGAGAAUGGAGUGCCUGACAGCUCAGAACAGAUGAUCCCUGUGGUUGUGAAGAUUUUCAAGACAUCUAUCAUGUCCUUUAAAGACAGAGAAAGAUACAUUAGAAGCGAAAAAAGGUUCCAGAGGUUUUGUACAUCCAAUCCACGCAAACUCAUCAAGGUUUGGGCUGAGAAGGAAGUUCGAAAUCUCAAGCGCUUGAACAAUGCCGAGAUUCCCUCUCCAGAGCCAAUUUAUCUUAAGAAUAACAUUCUUAUAAUGUCGCGGAUUGGAAAUUGUGAAGAGGUUGCGCCUAAGCUACGGGAUGCAAUGAUCGAGGACGUUAAUGGUUGCUAUUUGCAGUGUGUAGAGAUAAUAAGAAACAUGUAUAAGAAGGCAGGGCUUGUACAUGCAGAUCUAUCUGAGUUUAAUCUUCUGUAUUUUGGAGGAGUAGUUUAUGUAAUUGAUGUAGGACAAAGUGUAGAGAUCGAUCAUGCCAAUGCCCAGAGUUUUUUAAUAAUGGAUAUAAAUAACAUCAACAACUUCUUUAGCAAAAAGGGUGUGGAUGUGAUCAGAGGGAACGAUCUAUUUGAGGAGAUUACCGGAAGUGUUAUACCGUCGUAUUUGAAAGACAUGGAUAUAGUUAAGGAUGUUUUUAUUCCAUCUAGAGUUUCCGAGAUUGGAAACUUGGAGGAUCUUGCAGCAUUCGGUGUGGAAAGGCAGGGCUCUGAAAUGGCAUCGAUGUCUGAGGAGUUUUCAGAUACUAAUGAAUCUGAUAUCGAGGGUUUUGGCACAAGAUUUGAGGCCAUGGAGAUAGAAAAUACUGAAGAUGCAAAGGAAGAGAAGAAGAAAAAGAAGAAGACAGUAAAAGAGAUGAAUAGAAUCAGAAGGGCGUCUAGAAUCAGCAAGAAAGAGAAAAAGAAGAUAUUCAAGAAAUACAUAGGAAUGAAAAAGAGAAGAAGUUGA